CAGCAUGCCCCGCACCGGAAGUUCCGGCCCCGCCCGCGCCGUUAAAACCGCGCGCCUCCGCCGCUGCUUAAAGGGGCCGCGCUCCGUGCGAGGAGUUUCCCUGGAAAUGAGGGAUUUCCCUGGAAUUCUCUUCUUGAACACCAACCCCGGGCAGAUGUUUCCCGCUGGGCUCUGGCUCUAGGAUGUUGGAGACCCGGGAGGAAGAGCUGACCACGGUGCGGGUGCAGGAUCCGCGCGUGCACAACGAGGGCUCCUGGAACUCCUACGUGGAUUACAAGAUCUUCCUGCACACAAACAGCAAGGCCUUCACCGCCAAGACCUCGUGUGUGCGGCGCCGCUACCGCGAGUUCGCCUGGCUGAGGAGAGAGCUCCAGAGGAACGCCGGACUGGUGCCGGUGCCGGAGCUGCCUGGGAAAUCCGGGUUUUUCGUGGGGAGCACGGAUGAGUUCAUCGAGAGGCGCCGGCAGGGCCUGCAGCAGUUCCUGGAGAGGGUGGUGCAGAGCGCCGUGCUGCUCUCCGACAGCCGCCUGCACCUCUUCCUGCAGAGCCAGCUGCCCGUGGCUGCCAUCGAGGCCUGCGUGCAGGGCCGGGGCCCGCACUCGGUCACCGAGGCCAUCCUGCGCUACGCCCUGGGCCCCCGCGGGGACAGCCCCGGGGCCUGGGGACACCGCGGGGACAGCCCGGCCCUGCCCUGGGGACAGCCCGGGGACAGCCCGGCCCCGCCCGGAGCCAGCUGUGCCCUGGAGAGUUUCCCCUACUGGAGUGACUUCGGCGUGGACGAGGCACGGCCGGAGCGUCCGGAGAGUCCGGAGAGCCCGGCCGGACACGGAGUGACCCCUCUGGAGAGCCUGGAGAGCCCGGCCGGGCAUGGAGUGACCCCUCUGGAGAGCCCAGAGUGUCCAACUGGACACGGAGUGACCCCUCUGGAGAGCCUGGAGUGCCCAGCUGGACACGGAGUGACCCCUCUGGAGAGCCUGGAGUGUCCAACUGGACACGGAGUGACCCCUCUGGAGAGCCUGGAGUGUCCGGCCGGGCACAGAGUGACCCCUCUGGAGAGCCCAGAGGAGCCCCAGGAUGUCCGGCCAGACGUGGAGUGACCCCUCUGGAUAACCCAGAAUUCCUAACUGGACACGGAGUGACCCCUCUGGACACCCCCAGGCCCUGCAGCCCUCGCUGGGAGAGGGAUCAGCAUGGAGCCACUGGGAUUGGAUGGACUGGAUGGACUGGGCAGCACUGGGAAGGACUGGGACAAGCUGGAAAGCUCUGGGAGAACUGGGACACACUGGGGAGCACUGGGACAAACUGGAAGGACUGGGACACACUGGGAAGCACUGGGAGCACUGGGAAGCUCUGGGACACACUGGGGAGCACUGGGACAAACUGG